CCCCCCUGAGCCCUGGCCCCGGGGCUUCGGGGGGAGGGAGGUAAACAUGGCAGCGCCGUCCAGCAGCAGCGGCAGCGCGAGCGGCCCACGCGGGGCCAUGGAGCGGUGUCUGCGGGAGCGCGCCCCGCCGCUGCUCACCGACCUGUACCAGUUCACCAUGGCGUACGCGUACUGGCGCGCCGGCCGCCACCGGGAGCCCGCCGCCUUCGAGCUCUUCUUCCGGGACAACCCGUUCGGCGGCGGCUUCUCGCUGUUCGCCGGGCUGCACGACUGUCAGCUGUUCCUGCGCGGCUUCCGCUUCACGGACGAAGAUGUGGACUUCCUGCGCACGGUCCUGCCUCCGGCCACCGAGCCCGCCUUCUUCCAGUUCCUGCGGGACCUGGACUGCUCGGGCGUCACGCUGCGCUCCGUCCCAGAGGGAACCGUGGUGUUCGCCAGGGUGCCACUGAUGGAGGUGGCAGGUCCACUGGCCGUGGUGCAACUGCUGGAGACCAGUUUACUGUGUCUGGUGAACUACGCCAGUCUGGUUUGCAGUAACGCCGCACGUUUCCGCCUGGCGGCCGGCCCCAGGAGGAAGCUGCUGGAGAUGGGCCUCAGGCGGGCGCAGGGGCCUGACGGAGGCCUCACCGCCUCCAGAUACUCCUACAUCGGAGGCUUUGACCUCACCAGUAACGUUCAGGCCGGAUUCCUGUUUGGGAUCCCGGUCGCCGGGACCAUCGCUCACUCGUACGUCACCUCCUUUACCUCCCUGGAGGAGGUGUGGCCACAGACCCUGGCGGCGGCGAGCGGAGUACCCGACCCCGUCGACCUCAUCUCUCUGACGAAGGGCUGGUUGAGCCGCGUGUGCGAGCUCCUGGGAGCGGCGCCCGGGAAGAUCCGGGAGGGCGAGCUGGCCGCCUUCUUGUCCUUCGCCAUCGCCUACCCUCAGAACUUCCUGCCCGUGAUCGACAGCUACAGCGUGGGCUGCAGCGGCCUGUUGAACUUCUGCGCCGUGGCCUUGGCGCUGUGCGAGCUGGACUACCGGCCCGUGGGCGUCCGCCUGGACAGCGGCGACCUCUGCAGCCAGUCGGUCGACGUCCGCCGCGUCUUCCGGCUCUGCGGCGAGCGUUUCUCCGUCCCCGCUUUCCAUUCGCUGCUCAUCGUCGGGAGCAACAACAUCUCGGAGCAGAGCAUGGCGGAGCUCAGCAAGAAGGAGAACGAGAUCGACGUGGUCGGUGUCGGGACGCAUCUGGUCACCUGCACCAAACAGCCCUCGCUCGGGUGUGUGUACAAGCUGGUGGAGGUGAGGGGACGGCCCAGGAUGAAGAUCAGUGAAGACCCAGAGAAGAGCACUGUGCCCGGGAGGAAAUCUGUCUACCGGCUCGAAGACGCCGAGGGUCACCCCUUUCUCGACCUCGUGUGCCUGGAGGCGGAGUCUCCUCCCGAGGCGGGGGUCCCGCUGAGCUGUUACCCUCUGGGGCGCGACGACUCCGCCGCCGCCUCCUCUUUCACUCCGGCUCGGGUCGCCUGUCUGCGCCAGGAAGCGUUCAGCAGAGGACAGAUCACACAGCCUCCGUGCAUCGCCGCGGAAACUAGAGCAAAGGUCCAGAUCUCCCUGCAGACGCUGCACCCGCGACACAAGAGGCUGCAGGAGCCAGACGCCUACACAGUGGCGCUGUCGGAGAAACUCCACAAGCUGGUGACGGAGAUCCGGAGAGGAAGCGCCGACGACAGCAACUUUCUCUUGGCCAACUGACGACGAUCCGUCACAACUUUUCUGUUUUAGUUUUUUUUUGGUUUUGGUCUUUUUGCUCACAUGAAGUUCCUCACGCACACACGUGAAUAGAUGAUGAAAACAUAACCGUGUUUUACACCGUGUUUCUCCAAAUACACACAAAAAAACCUCA